UUUCAGUGUCAAACUUCAACCUCCAAUCAUCAUCUAAGUUCAUAAGUUGCACAAUCUCGGAAUUAAUAGGUUAUAAAUUUUAUAGUUUAUAUCCAAUUUUUCUCGUUGUGAAAUCGCAUCGAAAUGGCACAGAGUAAGCUUAAUGACAUGGCUGGAAAGUUUGCUAAAGGUGGGCCUCCAGGACUCGGCAUUGGAUUAAAGGUGGCAGCGGUACUCGGUGCAGCUGCCUAUGGCGUUUCGCAAUCCCUGUUUACGGUCGAGGGUGGCCAUCGUGCUAUUAUAUUCAACAGAAUUGGAGGUAUCCAGAAUGACGUUAUGACUGAAGGCUUGCACUUCCGUAUUCCAUGGUUUCAAUACCCAAUAAUUUUUGACAUCAGAUCGCGGCCUAGAAAAAUUUCCUCGCCUACAGGAUCCAAAGAUUUGCAAAUGGUUAAUAUAUCUCUACGUGUUUUAUCCCGCCCGGAUUCCAAUAGUCUUCCAAUAAUGUAUAGACAGCUUGGUAAAGAUUACGAUGAGAAGGUCUUACCAUCAAUUUGUAAUGAAGUUCUAAAAUCUGUUGUCGCUAAAUUUAAUGCUUCUCAACUAAUCACGCAACGUCAACAAGUGUCAUUGCUUAUAAGAAGAGAAUUAGUCGAGCGUGCUGCUGAUUUCAAUAUAAUAUUAGAUGAUGUUUCACUGACUGAAUUAAGCUUUGGAAAAGAAUAUACUGCUGCAGUUGAAGCCAAACAGGUAGCACAGCAAGAAGCGCAAAGAGCUGCUUUUGUUGUGGAUAGAGCUAUACAAGAAAAACAACAAAAAAUUGUACAAGCUGAGGGAGAGUCUGAGGCAGCAGAAAUGUUAGGUAAAGCAAUGGGAAUGAGUCCAGGUUACCUUAAGUUACGUAAAAUCAGAGCGGCCCAGAGCAUUUCCAGAAUGAUUGCUCAAUCACAAAAUAGGGUCUUUUUACCAGGUAAUAGCUUAAUGAUUAAUCUCCAAGACCCUUCCUUUGAUGACCUGUCCGAGAAACUUACUAAGAAGAAGUAACAGGAAGCCAUGGAAGAGUAUGGCCAUAAACCAACUCUUUCAGAAAAUGAAGCCUAUUUAAUAAGCAGUGCUUCUUCAAUUACUAUAUAAACAAAGUUAUGCAUUUUAGUACAUGUAUCAGGGUUUGAUUUUAUUAACUUGCAUUUUUUGUUACUUAGGUGUAGAUAAAAUAGUUGUAUUUGUUCUGUAAAUCAUAAUGAUUAUAAAAGAUUAAACAUCUCA